GGGUUUUUUUGUUGGGUUGGGAAUAGCCAUUGUGUUGCUUUGUUCAUAGGUUCUAAAGCCGUUUUUUAUCAGCAUUAAUUUAGGUGUCUUUUAUGAAUAAUCAAAAGCAGCAAAAGCCAACGCUUACCGGCCAGCGUUUUAAAACUCGGAAAAGAGAUGAAAAGGAGAGAUUUGACCCUUCUCAGUUUCAAGAAAGUAUUGUACAAGGCUUGAAUCAAAGUGGCACUGAUUUGGAAGCUGUCGCUAAGUUCCUUGAUGCCUCUGGUGCCAAACUCGACUACCGCCGGUAUGCAGAGACACUCUUCGACAUCCUGGUGGCCGGCGGAAUGCUGGCCCCAGGCGGGACGCUGUCUGAUGACAUGACCCGUACUGAGUAUUGUCUCUUCACCGCCAACGAAGACCUGGAGACAAUGCAAGCUUAUGCUCAGGUUUUUAACAAGCUGAUCAGGCGUUACAAGUACCUGGAGAAAGGGUUUGAGGAGGAGAUCAAGAAGUUGCUGCUGUUUUUAAAAGGCUUCACAGAGUCUGAGCGUAACAAACUGGCCAUGCUGACUGGCAUUCUCCUGGCCAACGGCAACAUCUCAGCUUCCAUCCUGAGCAGCCUUUUCAACGAGAACCUCGUCAAAGAAGGCGUGUCUGCUGCUUUUGCUGUGAAACUUUUCAAAUCCUGGAUCAAUGAGAAAGACAUCAAUUCAGUGGCUGCCAGCCUGCGUAAAGUAGGCAUGGACAACAGACUGAUGGAGCUCUUCCCAGCCAACAAGCGCAGCUGCGAACACUUCUCCAAGUAUUUCACCGACGCAGGGCUGAAGGAGCUGUCUGACUUUGCCCGCAACCAGCAGUCAAUCGGAGCCCGCAAGGAGCUGCAGAAGGAGCUGCAGGAGCAGAUGUCCCGCGGCGACCCCUUCAAAGAUAUCAUUGCCUAUGUGCGAGAGGAGAUGAAGAAGACGAACAUUUCGGAGCAGACGAUGAUAGGGAUAGUGUGGACCAGUGUGAUGAGCUCUAUUGAGUGGAACAAGAAAGAGGAGCUCGUCACCGAACAAGCCAUCAAACACUUGAAGCAAUACAGUCCCCUCCUGAAGGCGUUCACCUCCCAGGGCCUGUCAGAGCUGACGCUCCUGCUGAAGAUCCAGGAGUACUGCUACGAUAACAUCCACUUCAUGAAAGCUUUCCAGAAAAUUGUUGUUCUCCUCUACAAAGCGGACGUUUUGAGCGAAGAGGCCAUUCUGAAGUGGUACUCGGAAGCUCACAUGGCCAAAGGGAAGAGUGUUUUCCUUGAACAGAUGAAGAAAUUUGUGGAGUGGCUGAAGAACGCUGAGGAGGAAUCCGAGUCUGAGGAAGAGGAGGGAGACUAAAGACCUGAUGUUUGACCUAACGUGCAGAAGCCGCCACGGGAGCAGUAGAAUGUUUUCUUAUUAAAAAACAAGUGCUUGUCUAUCUAAGUUCUCUAUCUUUUUUUGUUUUGUUUUUUUUUUUUUUCUUUUGGAUUCUACCUCCUGUUUUUUCAACCAUAACAUCUAGAUGUCAUUUAAGGGCUUUGUAUAACCAAUGGUUAAUUUUAACAGAUUUUUCUAUUUAAUCUUACGGUUUACACUCAAAAUAGCACAAAGUUAUGACUUGUCAACCUUUGUAAUUAUUCAUCCAUGGAGCUAUAUUACAUGUUGACACAUUUGGAAACCUUAUAAAUUUGACUUAUUAGUAUUAUUAUUACAAUUAUUGUUGCAAUUAUGACAUGAUUUUCAUUUGAAAAUGUUACAUUCCAUUCAAUUACAUGUGGCAUUGCCGCUGCCUCGUUGCUGAAAAAAGAAAUUGAUCUCUUUCUGUCUGUUAAUACUGCCCUCAUGCCCUUGUUAGGCUCCUUCAAAUUCUUUUUCUCCAUUUGUGAAGUAAUUGCCAAAGGUCCCAGUCCUGCUCCCAUGGUAACGACCAACCAGCCCUAGGUUAGCUCUCACUGUAGUCAACUGUACAGAGUCGAGUUUUAGUCACCCUCAAAAGACCCCUUAAGCACUUGACAUCACAUUUCCAAGAUCUGUCGCCACCUUCUCAACUGAUAUGUCACCAAUUUCUUUAAUCUGAGAAACUAAUUGACUUUUUUAUGAAAUAAAACUUACAAGAAUUCCAA